UGCCAGUCGACACUUGAAGCUGCUAGCAAUCCGAGUGGAAAAAUGCGUGCAACUAGCGAUUACCUGUUAAGCCCUCUGCUAUAUGCCUCAGCUUUGUCUGGCAUUGGCAUAUAUCUGCUUAGAGAAUAUAUGCAAGGAGGUCGCUUUACCAAGAAAACGGAUGAGACUGGCCGGGUAGCGAUUGUGACCGGAUGCAAUCAGGGAAUUGGAAAGGAGACCGUGCUGGAGUUGGCUCGGAGGGGAGCCACCAUUUGCAUGGCUUGUCGCGACAUGAGGAAGUGCGACCAGGCACGGAAGGAGAUCAUCGAGGCGACCAACAAUCAGAAUGUUUUCUCCCGAGAAUUGGAUCUCUGUUCCAUGGAGUCUAUAAGGAGCUUUGCAUCUGGCUUUAUGCGAGAGGAAAACAACCUACACAUUCUGAUCAACAACGCCGGCAUUAUGGACUGCCCCAAGAUGCUAACGAAGGACGGUUUCGAAAUGCAAAUAGGCGUAAAUCACAUGGGCCACUUCCUACUGACCCUUCUGCUCCUUGAUAUCCUAAAGAGUUCGGCCCCCAGUCGCAUCGUGGUCGUGUCCAGCCUUGCACACCGGUUUGGGAAAAUCAACAAGGAUGAUCUGAACAGCGAAAAGUCCUAUGACCGAAAGAUGGCCUACUGUCAAAGCAAAUUGGCCAAUAUCCUAUUCACGAGGAUGUUGUCCAAGCGGUUGGAGGGAACUGGAGUCACGGUGAAUGCCUUGCAUCCUGGAGUAGUGAACACGGAGCUCUUUCGAAAUACCCCUUUCUUGGGAUCGAAAUUCGGAAAACUACUCAUUGCACCAUUUAUAUGGAUUUUUAUCAAGACUAAGAAGAAUGGAGCACAGACGUCCUUAUAUGCAGCGCUGGAUCCCAUUUUGAAAGAUGUCUCGGGACAGUAUUUCAGCGAUUGCAAGCCAAAGAAGGUUGGGUCUGCAGCCCAAUAUGACGAGGAUGCUGAAUUUCUGUGGGCCGAGAGUGAGAAGUGGACGGGAAUUACUAUUUAACAGACUUACCUUUUCACUCUUCAACCUUUUUGAUAUUAAAUAGUUCAAAUGAAAUGGACAAAUGACUUCAAAGUCCUCUUACAUUUUUCGCACCAGCGUUAUUGUUGUUUAUAAUUAAAUCUUGUAUAUAUUUGUAAAACAAUUGAUGUACAUAAAGUUAGCAACUACACUUUAAAAUUAAAACAAUUCUUUUAUUCAU